CCUGUGUAUUUGGAUCAGAGAGAGUCUUCAGUGCAUCUCGUGACAAGAGAGUAACAAUGUGGAAAGUAGACCAUAGUCCAGAAGCAGCACAAGAGUUUGCUGGUCACAGUCUGGUGGUGACUGGCCUAGCUGUAAGUCCAGAUGGCAUCAAAUUAUGUACUGGAUCACGAGAUAAUACCAUCUGUCUCUGGGAUGUGGAAACUGGAGUCUGUCUGCAGACAUCUGCAAUUUCACGUAAUCUGGUGACGCACCUUUGUUGGGUUCCUAGAGGACCUUACAUUGUCCAGACAUCUGAAGAUAAACAGAUCAGGGUGUGGGAUAGUCGGGCACUUCAGGUAGCGCACGAAUUUCCUGUGAAGCAGUAUAUCCAAACACACUGUGAUGUUAACCAGGAUGGCCAUUACUGCCUUACAAGCAGUAAUGGUUUUGGAGGUCAAGGCUGUGAAGCAACGCUUUGGGACCUGCGGCAAACCAGGAGUCAAAUCUGUGAGUAUAAGGGACAUCAACAGACCACAGCUGCCUGCAUUUUUGUACCAUGCAGCACCACUUCAACACCAUUAAUUGCUACCUCAUCAUAUGACUGCAGUGUAAAGGUCUGGCAGCAGGAUACUGCAGAAUGUUUGAAAACUUUGUUCCUGGAUGGUGCAGGACCUCUGUCUUCAUUAGCUGUUUGUGGUGGCACUCAUCUCCUUUGUGCAAGUUUCAAUUCUGGGAUUCAUGCACUCAGGAUAUCAUAUGACAGCAGUCUUAAUCUCAAGGAGGUGGCAAGGUUCUGACCUCUAAAGAAUAUUUAUGUUGUCGAAAAGGACUUUAUAAUGAGUACUGUUUUAGUACUUUAAAUGACUGAAGCUAAGUAACUGACAAGUCGUUUCAGAAUUUAAGGCAAGUAACUGUAGAGAGCUUAGAGUUGCAGAGAGAGAUAAUGUUCAUGCUGUAUAGAAAUGUGAAAAUAACUUGCUUCCUGUCUGGUAUGUCAUUGUAAAAUAAGCAAAGAAGUAAUUUAUCCUUUAAGCAUAUAGUUCUACUUAAAUGGCCCUAUUUGAUCGUAUGAAAGGCUGUACAUAAUUGUUAUAUUUGUCACUUCCCCUAAGGUAAUACUUUUAAAAAUCUCACAUAUUAAUUAUUUCCUUGAGUGGAUAUUUAGAGAUUGCUGCUUUCACUGAGCCAAACCUAUGGAACUGGAAGUCACCUGCAGUAGAAGCAGUUAUUUCUUUUAUUUGAUAGCCGGACAAUUGCACUGACCUGAUAUGAAUAUUUUUUAUUCUGACCCCAAAGUGCAUAUAUGGUUAGUGAGAAAACAUUUGGCCAAGCAUUAGGGGAGAUGCCUCAUUUUUUUCCCUUUCCUUCAAGUGUUAUGGAUUCUCAAGUAUAUAUCUUAACUGUCAUCAGUUCAAGCAGACUACAUCUCAGUUUAACGCUGUCCAAACGCUAGUACUUCAGGAUUAUAUUUACCCACAUGCUGCCUUAAUAGCAUUCUUAAUGGUGCGUAUUAUAGAUAUAGCACUUAAAGCCUUCUGGUCUUCCAGCAUCAAAGAGUGUAUCCAGUUAUCCGAACCACUGGUAGGUGAACUUUCUUUGUUGAAAUUGUAUGCAUUGAUUCGCAGGUCAUAGAUGUAUUAAAAAAAAAAAAAAGUUGGUUGCUUCAGUUGUUUUUCUUCUGCCAGCAUUGUUUGAUCAUCACAAAUUAGACUGAAUACUGCUAUUUAUUGCUGCUGGUAUUUUUUGUUUCUUAAAUAUUAAGUAUUUCCAAUAAAGGACAAAGAGUGUGAAAUCAGGGUAACAUUUGCAUGCAGUUUCCACUGCAUGAACCUCUUCUGUGAGCUGAAACUCUUCCUAUUUAUGUAGACUAAGCAAACAUUAUGUACUCACCAUAACAAUGGAGCUGCAUUGUCCAUGCUCAUUCUUCCCCAACUGAUGGGUCUCCGAUCCUACCUUGGAUCCAACUUGACUGCUUCACUAGACUCUCAUAGAUUCACCUCUUGAGAUUCUUUCUUUAACCACAAUGCUCCACCAUACUUGCAUACCUCAGACCGAGUUUGCUGUCCCAACAGUAACAUAUACAUGACAGCAUAUCAUUAUGGAAAGGCAAUAUAAAGGCAUUCAGAAAGGCUGGAGCCCAAACAGGGAACAAAGGGACAUCCUUUAGGUCUCGCUAGGAAGAUAGGGAACGGGAUUAGAGGGCGGGAGUUGCGGAAUAAUGAAAAUGGACAACACAGAUGCAUCGUUAUGGUGUGUACAUAAACGUCGUUCCUCUUAUAAACAGUGAUAAAGAUGACGAAAAUGGAUUUAAUAACACUCCAAGGAUUUUGUGUCCUAGUGAAGACCAGCAAUAGUCGAGGAGUUUCCAUUCCAUUUUGGGGCAAGAUAAAAGCAGCCCAGGACACCCACAGACAUUGCCAACAUCUUAGCUGACAGGUUCAGCACAAACUUCUCCCC